GCGCAAACUACGUAAUGGGCGUGGUUUAAUCAUUCUGUACUCCUAUUGGUCUAAAUCCGGGAAGAGUUUCGUCCAUGUCAGUUUCCGCUGUUAUUUGAAACAACAGUUUCUCCGUUUAUAAAAUUAUAAAUUGAAGGUGUAAUAGGGUUUCAGCUCAGAAUGGAGCAGCAGGAGCAGAGAGAGUGGGAUGCUGUGAACAGGUUGCUGCAGCAUCAUGGGUUCAAACCUGUCAACUUUGCAGAUCCAACAGAGAACAAGAACCUUGCAGAUUUGGUUUUGUUAGAGCGUAAGUCUGCGUCUGACUUCCGCAUGAUGUUGAAGACUAUGCUGUCGGAUUCUGAAAGGAGACAGGGUCUAAUUCAAGAGCUCAUUCAGUCCAACAGCCAGUUAAAAGAGGAAGUGCAGCAGCAUCAGGCGCGAGCCGCCCAUCAGUCUCAGAGGGCUGCCGAGCUGGAGGGCAUCCUGGAUGGGGUGAAGGUCAAAGUUCAAGACCUAGAGGACUCGUACAUCAGUAAAGCGGCCCAGCAGCAUGGCCAGUUCCAACAGCUGCAACAGGAAAAGAAAGAUGCUGAGAAGCGGUGUCAGUCUCUGGAGCAGAAGCUUUCUCAGGAGAAGGAGCAGGUAUCUCAUCUGCAGAAGAAGCUCCAGGACGUUGUGCGGGACGAGGAGAGACGUGUAGCCCGACAGAACCAGGCCUUCCAACAGAUCCACCGCAGAUCAGCCCGACACAACUCCACCACCGACCAGCAGAUUUUGGACAUCAUUGAUGUUUACGAGUCCCAAAUGCAACAGCUACGUAAUGAAUUAAAACUGUAUAAAAGCAGCUCGGGAGAGAAGGACUCCUCAAACUCCCAGAAGAGCAGAUCCACAGUGGAGAAAGUUGCCAUUGACUCUUCCUCCAACUACAAAGCCCUUUUGAAGUCAUACCAGGAGCAGCUGAAGGAGACCAAAGCCCAGCGAGAAGAACUCAGGACCGAAAUCCAGCGGUUAAAAGAAGAUCUGGAGUCCAGACCCACCAUAAAAGAACUCAAGACCUGCAAACAGCAGUUGAGACGCUUGGACCGAAUAAUUCAGCAGAGCAACAUCAGGUCAUCUCAAGCACUCAAUACGCAGGACUCGGCUGAGACGCUAAACACAGAUAGCAUCCAGCACCUGGACGCAUCCACCUGCAAGAGACACCUUAUGGAUGUUUGUAAGGAACUUGGAGUUCAGAAUGUCAAUCAUCUCAUUUCUGCGCUGAAAGUUCGAUGCAGACAAGCUGAAUCUGCCACCAAACUGGAGAAGAUCCUACAUGACAUCACCACUUUUCUGACCAAUCCGAGGGCUCCGUUGGGUUUGCUGAGGCAGCGUGUUCAAUCUAACCUACAGCUCGGCUGGGAGGCAGAGUUUGAGCUGAUUGUUCCCACCCUGGAAGUUUGGAGCCAACAACUAACCUCUCUAGCAGAUCUUCAUCGUGCCCUCAUCAGACUGGAGAAGAGGUUGUUGCCAUGGCAGCCCGAGGGCAGCAUAACCACAUCUUCAGAUUCCAUCCGAGUGGAAGACUUGAUGCUUAUCGUUGACACGCUUCUCAAUGAGACGGCAUCAGAUGACAAGGUUCUGCGGAGUCCCACUAGACACACCCUGGAGUCCAUGGUUGCCCACUUCCAGAAACUCUUCGAUGCCCCGUCCCUGACAGGAAUCUAUCCUCGCAUGAAUGAGGUCUACACUAAGCUGGGCGAGAUGAACAACGCCAUGAGGAACCUCAGAGAUGUUCUGGAUUUGGAUGAUAGAGCGCCGCCUAGCGAGGUUGUCAACAAGGUAGCUGCGGUUGUGUCCCAGUCAGGAAACGUCGCCAGUCCGGAGCUCUACGGCCUUCUGGAAAGCAGCGACAUUGACAGUAUCAUUGUCAAGCUAAAGGAACAUGAGGAAUUCUUUCCAGUUUUCCACUCGUUCAUACUUCAACUUCUGCAAACACUGGACGUCCCGACUCUAGAUGAUGUUUUACCGACUGUACGUUCUCUCAAGUCAACGGCGUGACCAAAGGCUAAUGUGUUGUAAAGCACCAUGUGGUUUCAGACCUGAAUUUAAAUGUUUUACUGUGUAUUAGACAACAUUUUAUUGUAAGUGUUUAUAUUUUAAAAAUAAAUUUGCAUUUUUGCUUUGUGUUUUCUGAA